AUGCAGCUUCAGGUCUCAGCCGCAGGUAGCCUGAGUGGCACAGACGCCGACCAGGCUGACUGCCUACCGCAAGUCCUGAACGCUUCGUGCGUGUCCAAGGCACUCUUGCCAUCAGUCUCGGCACAGUCGUGGGAAAUUCAGCCCAUCAUUGACUUCACAAAACCUCCGGCUUUCACGCGGCUAGCCAUGUCGGAUCCCAGCAUGUACACAGUAGGCUGGAUAUGUGCAGUCGGGACAGAGCUUGUUGCCGCCACCGCAUUCCUUGACGAGGAGCACGACGCCUUGGAACAGCAGCCCUCCACUGAUAAUAACACGUACAUCCUCGGCCGCAUCUGGAAGCACAAUGUUGUCAUUGCAGCGCUGCCCCAUUGGCAGUAUGGACUGGUCAGUGCUGCGACCGUUGCUCGAGACAUGCUACGCAGCUUUCCCAACGUGCGACUUGGGCUAAUGGUCGGAAUCGGCGGUGGUGCACCAAGCCCAAAGCACGAUAUUCGGCUGGGCGAUAUCGUUGUAAGCUCACCGGGCUACGGCACAGGUGGCGUUUUGCAAUAUGACUACGGCAAGACUAUCCAAGGCGAGAGAUUCGCUAUGACAGGGUACCUGAACCAGCCGCCGCAGUGCCUUUUGACGGCGAUUUCUGUCCUUGAGUCUCGGUAUGAGAGUGACGGUCAUACUAUCAAUGCAGAUAUCGAACGUGUUUUCGAAAAGAAACCAAGGUUGCGAUCGAAAUAUCAAAAGCCAGACUCGUACACAGACAAGCUCUAUCACUCCUCCUACAGACAUGCUGGGGGCAAGAGUGACGACUGUGCGAUUGUGUGUGAUAAUGCCGAUAGUUUGGUUACCCGACGCCAGCGAUCACAGGUUGAAGACAGCCCAAUGAUUCACUUUGGCCUUAUCGCAUCCGCAAGCCAACUGAUGCAAGACGCAGAUAUACGCGACAGGCUUUCAACGGAGAAAGGUAUCCUUUGCUUUGAGAUGGAAGCUGCUGGGCUGAUGAACCACUUCCCAUGUCUUGUAAUCCGUGGCAUUUGCGACUAUUCAGACACGCACAAGAACGAGGCAUGGCAAGGUUACGCAGCGAUGGCGGCAGGUGCCUACGCAAAGGAUCUCCUUCGUAAAGUAGCGCCAAAUAAGGUUGAGGGUGAGAGGAAGUUAGCCGACGUUCUCUCCCAAGUAACGGAAGAGCUGGGAGCAAUUGUCCCCAUAAUUCAUGAUACGCAGACACGGAUUGAAGAGAUCCACGUCGACAAGCACCGUGACAAUAUCGCAAGAUGGCUGAAGGCGCCCGACGUUUCCAGCAACUUGAACAAAGCACUAGAGGCGCGCCAUCCUGGUUCUGGCCAAGGCCUCAUCCAGACGGAGUCCUAUCAAAAGUGGAAAACGCAAUCGAAGUCCUUCCUUUGGUUGAAUGGAAUUCCCGGGUGUGGCAAGACGAUCCUCACAGCUACUGUGAUCGAGGACCUGCGGGCUAGCUCUCAGCCUCUUCUCUACUUUUAUUUCGAUUUCACCGACAUCGAGAAGCAGCGCUUCGAGAACACUAUCCGCUCCCUUAUCAGUCAGUUAUACCACAAUAAUCAAAGCGCGAGAGAGGAACUGGGCUCUCUGUAUUCUUUUUGUAACGGUGGCAGCCAGCAACCCCGCGAGAACCAGCUUCAAGCAACUCUCGUGAAAAUGAUCCAGCAAUCUGGUGAGGUAUGGAUCAUCCUCGAUGCACUCGACGAAUGUACAUCUCGGGAGGAGUUACUUCGCUGGCUCCGAGGCAUUCGAACCGAACAGGUGAACUUCCAUAUCCUUGCAACAAGUCGGCCAGAGCGAGAUAUCACGUCAGCUAUUGAGCAGUUUAGUUCUGACGAAGAACAGAUCGCUAUUCAAAACGAUCUCAUAACGGCUGAUAUACGCAGCUACGUCCAUAAACAUAUCAGAGAACACGAAGAUUUCCAACUUUGGAAAACAAGACCAGACAUUCAAGAAGAGAUCGAGUCAAAUCUCGUAGAAAGAGCUGAUGGAAUGUUUCGCUGGGUUUGGUGUCAAAUCACAGCUUUGAAGCGGUGCCGCGAUCCCAUUACAUUGCGAAAAGCGCUCGCAUCGCUUCCAAAGACGUUGGACGAAACGUAUGCACGGAUCUUGAGUAGCAUUCCAUCAGAAUAUGUCGACCAUACAAUACGAAUUUUGCAAUUUCUAACGUACUCGGAACGGCCACUACGAGUUGAAGAAGCUGUGGAUAUGAUUGCGGUCAGAGUAGGAGCAAAUAUAGCAAAGGAGUCCCGCUUCAAAACACAAGAUAGAAUGCCGAUCCCCACCGAUAUUGUCGGAUACUGUUCGAGUCUGGUUGUUCUCGUUCGAACAAGAAACUGGGAUAAUACAAGGACCACAGGUGAAGUGGUGCAACUAGCACACUUCUCAGUGAGGGAUUAUCUCACCUCAGACCGUCUAGAAAAUGAUACUGUGCAGUAUUUACAGGAAAUGCCCGCCCGAAGCUCCAUUGCGGAGGUUUGCCUGACAUACCUGUUAGCACCUAAACCAAAUCAUUUAGGCGGCCAGAUUCCUGACUGGAGAGAUUCUGAGGCAGUGUCCAGCUCGAUUCAAAGCGACUACCCUUUCUCUCGAUACUCAGCACAAUACUGGACUAGUCAUGCUAUCAAAGUGGAGCACAACAGCGACUCUGUUUUCAUGCUUGCGAAAGAGCUUUUCUCAAGCGAAAGUCAGUUUGCAAUCUGGUGCUCCCUUGCCAAGCCGGACAUACGAAUUGUAACUAAGGGAUCACCCAUAUAUUUUGCCUCACUCUACGGCCUACUGCGGUGUGUACACGGGUUACUAGAAAACGGUGCCAAUGUGAACGCCCGCGGCGGAUUCUACAUGUACCCAUUGCAGGCUGCUUCAGUCUACGGACACAAGGAUAUUGUGCAGCUACUGUUAGAUGCAGGGGCGGAUGUUAAUGCUGGGGGCGUAUUACACGGCAACGCAUUACAGGUUGCUUCAGUCAGAGGACACAAGGAUAUCGUGCAGCUGCUGUUAGAUGGAGGGGCGGAUGUUAAUGCUGGGAGCGGAUUAUACGGCAACGCAUUACAGGUUGCUUCAGUCGAAGGACACAAGGAUAUCGUGCAACUGCUGUUAGAUGCAGGGGCGAAUGUUAAUGCUGGGGGCGGAUUAUACGGCAACGCAUUACAGGUUGCUUCAGUCGAAGGACACCAGGAUAUCGUGCAGCUACUAUUAGAUGCAGGGGCGGAUGUUGAGGACAACGCAACAAGGGCUGCUUUGAUCGAAGGACAUAUGGAUAUCGUGCAGCUACUGUUGGAUUAUGGGGCUAGUUAG